CAUGUAUCGUACAAAACAGUGAAAGUGUCAGAAAAUUUUCACUCUUCGGCUGAGGAGAUCUAAUUUUCGUCGUGUUCGGUUCCGCAGUGUGAAUUUUAGUCCAGUUUGUUUGUUUUCAUCGCCCUGCCGACCGUCCAGUGUCCAGCAGAUAAGGAUCCUUGUUGAAGACAAGAAAAAGUUCGACUGAAUUUGCUUUUCCGAAAAACACAAAUUUUCCAAUGGUGAUUGCGACGCGAGAAGGAUUUUGAAAUUCGUGCGCAACGAGAAAAAAUGGCCGAUUCGGACUGGAAGAGUCGAGUGGGAAUUGACAUCAAUUUCAGUUCUGGCGACGAGGACGACGACGAUAGCAGCAGUACCGUGGUUAUUCCGUUUUUCGACGAGCCGGACUUCAUCGGUGGAACUACCUCGCAAGAAUUUGAAGAAGGUCACCGGAUCUCAUCGGUAGACGACGUUCUCAGCCAGUACGCGGAACAGUAUGGUAGUACACCGCCGAGGACGAGGAUAAAAAAUAAAAGCAGAAGUUCAAGGCAGAGAAUGGAGGGUCCCGUUAAAAUGCGAACUGGUGGACGACUUGCGCGGCCACGUGCCGACCGGCGCAACACGGUCGACUGUGCAAUUCUCAAUCAGAUGAUAAUGGAGCCAGACGGAGAGGAGAAAGCACGGAGCGAUAAGCGUUCGACGCAACUGCUGCGUGACUCGGAGCGUGAGAUAAAAAUGGCCGCUGCGGCGAAUACUGUGUUCACUAGGAAUUCGACUAACUUCAGUCAACCGGUUGGAUCUAUUGAGGAGCGUGCGGAAAGCAUGCCUAUUACGAAUGUCUCCUUGGGGAUUUCACCGGGGGUGGUGCCAGCGCUGAUAGAAUCAUGCAAUCGUUUCAUGAGCGUCAAAUCACGACCCGUUGGGUGUAGAACGUCGGCUCCGCCGUCUGCCUUUGCCAAUUUUAGGGACUGCUCGGCAAGUGUAGCUACAGACAUUCCACAGAACCGAAUCGCGUUCCACGAUACCUUUUCCAACCUGAUAAAGCUUGGCAGUAUCGACAAAGACCGUACUACUCGAAAUGUCAUAUCGACAGAGGAAAGGCUUUGGCAGACGCACGUGAACGAUCUGAUAUGGCUAGAGCUGCAAGCUUGGCAUGCGGAUCGCUCGGUUGAACAGCAGGACAAGAUUCUCUGUCAAGCUAGGAAUGAGAUCGAUCCGUUGCUGGAGGAAAUAAUGAAUUUCCGCUUUCAGCGCCAUCUUGCUAGAACGGUUAGCGAUUUGAGCAUGGCUGACAGUGGAUUCGGAUCUGAUACUACGGCUUCUACGGCUAAUGCUGACUCUAUCCGGAAGUUUUGCUUUGGGUGCCUUUCAAUGUACUGUAAGGAUUGCUUGGAAAUACAAACAAUCGCACUGAGACAGGUAGAAGAUCUGUUGCUAAGGUUGGAGGCUAAGGAAAGCUUAUUCCCAUCUUCCAAAGCCAUGGGAAUGGCGUUUCCAAUUUAUCAGAGUGAAGAAUUCGUCGGUAGGGUGAAGGCAAUGUGCCUGUGGUACAAUAUGACCAAACAGCACCGGCUGACGUUACUUAUUUUGGGAAAGCUGUUGGCUCGACUUCAGGGCAACAAAAAGUCCUACCAUUGGCCUAUUAUGGAGACUGACAGUUCAACGAGUUCUUCGGUUCAAGAAGAGAAUGGCGACGCAGCUGAUAGUGGACACGCUGAGUCAAGCUCUAAUUCGUCUGGCAGUUGUCCGACUAGAAGGGUUCAGUUUGUUGACGAAGGCAGUGCAUCGGAAAGUGCAAACAGUGAUGAAUCAGGCCGCGAAUACUCUGAUAUCGAGGAUUUAUCUAUCAGACGGCAUUUCUCCUUCACGGGAGAGACGGAGAUGAGUCAGUAUAUGAAUACGUUGAACUUCUACAGUGUAAACUCCAUAACGGAAGUUACCUCGCAUACUGCAAAUAAUUCUACGUCUUUGUAUCGCAAGUACAUCGAAAAUGUGUUGAAGUGUAGAGGAUUAGGCAAGUCACUCACAUUUCUGCAUCGUUUGCAUAACGUUGUGCUGCGUAAAGCUCAACUGACCCUUGAAAAACCUGACGCUCAGGAACACGAAGAUGACUAUCUGUUCAUCGAAGAAGACGUACCGUGUAUUGAACCACCAUUGGAAAAGGUCCAGGAAAACGAGCUUCGUCGUUUUGGAGCCUGGAGUGAGGAGGCUAAGAAGCUGAGCUUACCUUCUUACGUUUCAGCUUUUAUCUUCUUGUCACUUAUUCCUUUGGAAGUGAUCCAAGAAUUUUUAAAGAUGCGAUUGGAAACGAAACCUGUGCAGCCAAAUCCACUUAGCUUAGAGCAGCACAUUAAAGAGUUGAAGGAAGGCCUCACUUUGGCCAUGAUUCACCGCGAUCGCUUUCAGAAGCAUAUCAAUACUGCUCUGUGGGACCGUGAUUCGGAGCUGGAUAAGUACAUGGCAGUGCUGGAGACGUUUGAUGGAACAGUGCGAAAGAUUUUUGAGCUGUAUCUGGAGUUUGCGGAGCAGUGGAUUUUGUUUGCCACCCCGGAAGGUCACCAGAAAUCUGCGCUGGACGAAGAGUGGCGUUUUACGAAGCUGGUUUGCCCGAUGAUUCCAGGUCAGCACGCGAUCGCAGCCAAGCGGUUCUGUAACAUUGUGGAAAAGGUGCUGGAGAAUACGGGUAAGAAGAUGAUUUCACGCUUGCGUGACUUGGAGGAUCAGAUCAAAUUGAUCGACAAAAGUGAUAGUGAUAAGUGGGACAAGAAGUGGCAGUUUUUAGCACUGUGCCGGAAGACUCAGGAUGUGUUCACCUUUGCGCGUGAGAAAACGAUGAAAACGAUGGCCUUUACCAAGGGACUGUUUCGGGAUUUGGAGAAUGUUGACUUUCAUCGAGACCAUUGUGAUGAGUGUGAUGACGAUCCCGAAGAUGGGGUAGUGUUGAGAAAUUGUGGAACUCGUAAGAAGAGUCCGGUUUGCCAAGAGGUAGUGGAUAGUUUGCGGUUGUUGAAGAAAAAUGCCUUACUGUUUCGAAACAAGUUGACAACUGUGAUCGAGAAUCUACAGAAUGAGUGUCAUGUGCGGAAUAUGGCCGACAUGGAUGAGAUUGAUCGAAUUGCUGUGCUAUCGAGGACGCGAGAAAUUUUGCAUCAAGGGUACAAAUUUGGAUUCGAGUAUCACAAGGAUCUGGCUAGGCUCUACGAAACGAGAGCUGAAAACUGUCGAGAUCUGGAAAGCGAGCUGAAACUGUCGACUGCCAUCGUACACUUUGCCAAGCUGUGGAUGAAGUUUGUGAUGGAGCGUUGCGAACGCGGUAGAGGACUCCGACCUCGAUGGGCCAAUCAAGGUUUGGAGUUUUUGAUCUCCGCCUGUGAUCCACAAUGCACCAGUCAUCUGAGUAAUGUAGAGUUUGAAGAUCUCAAGUCCAAGAUGGAUGCCUGUAUUUCGCAUGUGAUCGGUAGCAUUCGAGAACCGGAACGAAUACGUCGAUCACCUCGGUCUAGGAAAAGCUCACCGUCCCCCUCGCCAACGCAGGGACGGGCUUCGAUUCCAACCAUAUCGUUGACUAAAUCGUUCCAAAAUCAGUUGAGUCUACGGGAAGACUCGGUAAUGUUGCGCCCGCACCAUAUGACCGACUCCGGCGACGUAUACAAGAAACAAACUUCGUACGAAGGCUUGCAUGAGAUAAAGAUUCGUGUGCCGACGGAUACUUUGUUGGGUUCAAAACCAUUACGUCAGCUGCGGGUACGUGACGCCAUCAACAAACUCGAUAACGAACUGGAUGAAAAGUUACGUGACCGAAGCUUGAUUGGUAACGUCAAAGAGAUAAGCUACUGUGAUAAAGCGCUGAAUCGAGCCCGCAGCGUGAACUUCAGCUGGCAUCGUGGCAUAAAAAUAGGUCAAGGACGGUUCGGCAAAGUGUACACUGCGGUAAACAAUUCGACGGGUGAGCUGAUGGCGAUGAAGGAGAUUGCAAUCCAACCCGGCGAGACUAGCGCUAUUCGAAAGGUGGCUGAGGAGCUCAAGAUAUUCGAAGGAAUCAACCAUCGGAACCUGGUCAAGUACUAUGGAGUGGAAGUUCACAGGGAAGAGCUGCUUAUUUUCAUGGAAUUGUGCCCGGAAGGAACACUGGAGAGCUUGGUUGAACUGAACGGAGGUCUUCCGGAGGGUCAAACGCGUCGCUACACGAUACAGUUGCUGUCGGGGGUGAAAGAAUUGCAUCGGCACGGAGUUGUGCAUCGGGAUAUCAAGACGGCAAACAUUUUCCUGACCAAAGAUGGAAAAUGCUUGAAGUUGGGUGAUUUUGGCUCGGCCGUUAAGAUUCAGGCCCACACGACGUUGCCCGGUGAGCUGAAAGGAUACGUCGGAACGCAAGCUUACAUGGCCCCGGAGGUAUUCACCAAAACAAACAGUGAAGGUCAUGGACGUGCUGCCGACAUCUGGUCUCUGGGAUGUGUCGUUAUUGAAAUGUGCAGCGGCAAGCGUCCCUGGCACCAGUUCGAUUCCAACUUCCAAAUCAUGUUCAAGGUUGGAAUGGGUGAGUCUCCGGAAAUUCCCGACUGUCUAUCGGAGGAGGGGCACGAUUUUGUUGAAAGCUGUUUGGAGCAUGAUCCCAAAGUUCGCAAAACGGCUGUUGAGCUGUUGCACCAUAACUUUUGCAAGGUAAGCGACGACAGCUCCGAUGCGGUGGAAGUAAAGGAGAUAAGGCGGUCAUUCCGUCGCAAUCUACCGUCGUCUUCGUCCGGAAACGCAUGAAUGAAUGGGGUUGAGGGCCUGUGAGUUGCGAGAUAAUAAUAGCUAUGCACUAUUAUAGUUAAAUAAUCCUAUGAGUCACUUUUUUGUUUUAAACACAAUUACGAGUAUCAGAAAGACUGUUCAGUAUUGAAACUACACAGAGCGAUCAAAGGAAAAGGACAUUACUACUUAAUCUCAUGAUAAGUGAAACUAUUUCUGUUUUUUUUUUGUUAAGCAAGAACACUUAAUCCUGCAUUCCAAAGACUCUUCGGCUUAGAGUCGAUGAAUGAUAAUUACAUACGAGAGUUGAGGGCUACUUCAGUUCUAUUCUACAUCGUAGAUUGCAUGGCACUGAUUAGGGGAAACAGAAACACCACCAGUUACUAUUACGUGCAAGUGCGACAGUUAAGAAUUGUUAUUGAACGUGAAACGGUAUCUGAAAUUACUGAUGUUAUUUGAUGUUAAUAUUUAAUAUAUUCAUACAGUACAAACAGCGCUA